UGAGGUGAUAAUAAAAAAGUCGAUUGACAUCGAUUAUUGUUAUAGUGAUCGAAUUGAAUAUAUUGGUUUAUUCUUACUGUCGGACAAUAUAAUCAUUAUUACGAUAUGAAGAAAACUUUCAAGUGGUUAACCCAUGAUAAUUCUGGAGCUAAAAAUGAGUUCGCUAAGUAUGGCCACACCUGCGAAAUACCCGAAGAAAUGGAUGACGUCGCCGAAUAUUACUCGCCCGAAACUUUCUGGACUAAAUUGUCGAAGAAAGCUUUCCAAUUACGCACAGUCUCCGACAUAAGUAAAUCCUACACCCACCACCUGAGGAGCCAUGGUGCUAUCAUGAAAGAGAGAAAAAGACAUCUCAUUUAUUACAACUACAUUAUACAUCCUUACAGUUAUUUCAGGGUCAUUUGGGAAAUGUUCAUGUGCUUCGUGAUAUACUUACAGCUGAUAAUCGUUCCGAUCCACAGUGGAUUCUGUCGUAUCCUCGACGGUCACCUGAUGGAAGGCCCUGAACGUUGCCUGGACGCCAUCAUCCUCAUAUUGGAUUUUUUUCUAUGCACGGACGUGGUCAUUAAUUUGUUCACCGGCUAUUACUCCGAACCGAAGAAGGAGGUUGUUCUUGACUUGAAACAUAUUUUUCUGCACUACUUGAAGUCGCUUCUCAUACCGGACUUAUUAUCAUCCCUUCCCACAAAUAUGGCAUUCAAACACGGAUACGACUACAAUUUGCUGGUACUGAAACUGAUGAGCUUGCUGAAAAUGCUGAGAUUCAUCACGUUCGUUCGAUAUUAUUCGAGACUGAUCAAUUUUUUCCACGUUCGUUAUAGCGUCUCCUCACUCUUACUCCUUCUAAUUGGAGUUGGAAUUUACUGGCACUCGUUAACAUGUUAUUUGAUAUUGGUGAAAGUUAUGGACGAGUUUUUGGAGACUGUAAACCCUAAACUUCUGCAAGUUAAUUCAACAGAAUUAUUAUUCAGUCGGAGCACCUACUCGAACAUUUACGUGUCGUGCUUCUACAGAGCCUCAAUGAUAAUAUACACAUCCUGGUACACUCAAGAAAACCCCGGCGGAUUGGUGGAAUAUUGCGCAGUCACCAUCAUGUGGUUCUGUUCCAAGGCGAUUCAGUUCUUCAUUCUCGCCAGAACGCUUCAAAUAAUGAAAGGCGUGAACUCCUCUCAUCAGAAGUACGUCGAGAUGGAGAGACAGCUUAAAGAGUACAUGAGGGACAAACAGCUUCCGACAUAUAUGAGAACAAGGCUGCUCACCUAUUACGACUAUAGGUUCCAGAGGAACUAUUUCAGGGAAAGUGAGAUACUUGCCACGAUAUCUGGACAGCUGAGACAAGAGAUCAUAAUGCAUUCUUGCCGACAACUGGUGGAGAACGUCGCCUUUUUCAAGAAUUUGCCGUUGAACUUGCUGGUUAGGAUUGUGUCGUGUUUGCGGGGUGAAAUGUACCUGAUGAACGACGUCAUCGUACGAGCUAACACGCCCGGGGAUUGUAUGUAUUUCAUAGCGUCUGGUACUGUCGCUAUAUACAGCACCUCGGGAAAAGAGAUAUGUCAUCUUGAAGAUGGCAGCCAUUUUGGCGAGAUAGCCUUGGUGAACAAAGCCGAGGCAAGGAUAGCUUCAGUGGUGGCGAUAGAGAUCUGUGAAGUGUACAGAUUCGACGUGAAAGACUUUGUCAGAGCUAUCCAUCCAUAUCCCGAUCUACUGGAUAGUAUUGAAAAAAUAGCCUCAGAUAGAAUGGAGAAAACUUUGAUGUUGGACGAGCACAAUAGAAGGGAGAUGGCGAUGAAACGCGUUAAUAAAUGAAUAUUUGUAGUUAUAGUUCCUGUCCAAAUGAUAGUUUAUCACAAUAAUACUGCUGUAUAUUGUUAGUAACCUUUUAUUAUGAAAUUA